UUUCGCAGUUUAAGCGAUGUCAUCAAGGACGGUUGACUCCUUCGAUGAAGAUUAAUAUGGAUCACCAAGGAGAUGCUUUAGACGAAUUUCUUGUCGAAGAUAGUCAUAUUCAAGACGAUGGUGUAAACUUAAGUGUAGUUGAUGAUUUUACAAUUCUUGAGUUACCAAGCGGUCAAACCCUUGUCAUAAACAUUCUUACAACCUGGGGUGACCAGUAUUACGUUGGAUUAAAUGGCGUCGAGAUAUUCAAUAGCUCUGGUAUACCUGUUCAGAUAUCAUCAAUCACAGCCAAACCAUGUGAUAUCAAGGUUCUUCAAGAAUACAACAAAGACCCAAGGGUUGUAUCAAAUCUUAUUGAUGGAGUUUAUUUCACAAGGCUGCACAAAGUGAAAAGUCAUCAAACUGUGAUUCAGAUAACCAAGAAGAGAGUUCUUAUCAAAUUUAAUAUCAAAAAAUGAUGGGACCAGUAGGUUACCCAGAAAUUAUUUACAGAAGUAGUAUUAAAGAUUUACACGGUAAGUCAAUUGCUAUUAUCAACCAGUCAGUAUGUCUAUAGCUCCUUUAAGUCAAUGCUCAGCUUCAGAUAUAAGAGGGGAAAUAAAUGGAUCACUUGUGCA